UUUGUGAAAAGCUAAAUAAUAAACUGGAAACCCCACAAAAUAGUCCUAUCUGACAUCUUCUACUCGUAGCAGCAGUUUAUAAAGAUUCAUCGAUGAUGAAGAAAGUGUUAUUAACUAAAUCGCAGCACAUAUGCGUGGCUCCCGUGGAUUUAGCAGCAAAGCAAAAACAGCAACAACAAUUAAUCGGGACGGCAGCCACGCCAAUAGAUAGAUCUGCAAUUGAAGUGACACGUACCACAAGUGUCAUAACAAAUACAUACAUGCAGCGCCAAUCCUUUAAAUCCACAUACCAGGAGAUCUUCAAAUUACUUAUGCGCCUCCCAGAUAAGGCGCUCCAACAACGUGUGAUCGAGGCAAUGAAUAAUAGCAGUGAUAAGAACGUUAUCUGCCAAAACUGUAAGCAACGUGUAUCAAAGGUAGAUGUUGGCACUCAAACAGCUCCAUUAUCGGCAAUAGGGACAAAGUCAACCCAAGCACCUCUGCCAUCACCAGAUCUUAGGACCUUUAAUCAAAAGCCUACCAAAACGGAGCCAACUGAAAAAUCUGAAAAUGAACCACAAAGCGAAGCCCCGCCAGCCGUGAUUGCACGGAAACGUGGUCGAAAGCGUAACACCUGCGUACCCAAGGUUGUUAAACGAUCGGCAGCACAAAUGGCUCUACAGGAGCGUGAGGAAAAACAGCUAACACCUGUGGUGAAAAAAAAGAAAGUGGAAUCACCGAAGCGAAAUCCUGAAACAGAAACGAAAAGGAUGUCACAGCGCCAAGAUUCGGUAGAUUCCAACUUUUCCAUAACUAGCGAAAAUGUGCACGAUAUGUGCCAAUUUGUGGAAAAUUAUAUUAAUGACGACAAUAGAGUUGCAAUUAGUAAAAUAAUGCUUAAAGAAUGUUUGAUGGCUGGCAAUAUAAGCGUAGAAGGUUUGCUACCCAUCCACGAUGCGAUUCUGCGGGACGAUAUUUGCGGUCUGAAGCGGCAGAUUUACGUUUGGUCCAAACUACGGCAAUGCUCAACCGACUUCAACGAUUUGGUCACUGCAGAUGGAGAGGAUUGUCUACAAUUGGCCAUCACGAGUGAUUGUGCCCCAGAAAUUAUUCAAAUUGUGUUAAGAGCUGGUGUCAUGCCAAAUCAUAUAUACGAGGACUCGAACAAUGCCGUUCAUUUGGCCGUCAUUAAUAACAUACAACUAGACUCGUUGCGUGAAUUGAUGCGUCGAAUAGAUUUGAAUUUAUUGCUUGAGAAGAAUGAUGAUGGGUAUACAGCAAUGCACAUUGCGGUUCGUAGCAAUCAGUACGAACAGGCCGAGAUUAUUUGCGAUGGCAUUGAUGAACGUGUCCUAGGCAAACCCAUUUAUAAUCGCACCACCAACGAGGCGGACACAGCUACGAAAACUGCCGAUAGCAAAAAUACAGAGCUCUCUGAAGAGAAGAAAUUUGCCAAAUUUUAUGAGCGGGAAUGCGAAAAGUUGGAGAAGAAUAAGAAACAUGAUCAGCGAUUAAAGCGCGAACUGCUAAACACGACUGAGGCAAGGGGUGGCAAUGUGCCACUCUUUUACGCCAUUGAAGGGGAAAUGCAGCAUUUCUGCUAUUUCCUGCUGGCACACUUUGCGGAUCCCGAUGAAGAAAAUCUUAGCGGGCAUUCGCCCAAGUCAUACCAUUAUGAAUUUGCGCGGAUUUUACGUUUAAAUCUAAAGGUUGCCCGCAUUAUGAAUAAAGUGAUGCAAUUGUUGAGUAAUUAAAAUAUUUAAAUGUUUACACAUACAUAUUUAUUAUAUAGAUUUUGUAUUAAUUUAAAUAUACACUGAAUUUUUAUGACAAUUGUAA